GGGCGAGAAGGGCCCUUCCCUCUCAUCCUGCUGCCGCAGUUUGGGGGUUACUGGAUCGAAGGCACCAACCAUGAGCUCAGCAGCAUCCCGGAGACAGAGCAGCUGCAGUCCCCCACAUCCAAAGUGAAGCUCGAGUGUAACCACACGGCCCGGUUCUACCGGAAGCAUUUCUUAGGCAAGGAACACUUCAACUAUUAUGCCCUGGACACUGCCCUGGGCCAUCUGGUUUUCUCCCUCAAGUAUGAUGUCAUUGGAGACCAGGAACACCUAAGGUUGCUGCUCAGGACCAAGUGUAGGACCUACCAUGAUGUCAUCCCCAUCUCCUGCCUCACAGAAUUCCCCAACGUAGUCCAGAUGGCAAAGCUGGUGUGUGAGGAUGUGAAUGUGGAUCGAUUCUACCCCGUGCUUUACCCCAAGGCCUCCCGCCUCAUCGUCACCUUCGAUGAACAUGUCAUCAGCAAUAACUUCAAGUUUGGGGUCAUUUACCAGAAACUCGGGCAGACAUCUGAGGAGGAGUUGUUUAGCACCAAUGAGGAGAGCCCUGCUUUCGUGGAGUUCCUAGAAUUCUUGGGGCAGAAGGUCAAACUCCAGGACUUUAAGGGGUUCCGGGGUGGCCUGGACGUGACUCACGGGCAGACGGGCACAGAGUCGGUCUACUGCAACUUUCGAAACAAGGAGAUCAUGUUCCACGUGUCCACCAAACUGCCCUACACGGAGGGGGAUGCCCAGCAGUUACAGAGGAAGCGGCACAUCGGGAACGACAUCGUGGCGGUGGUCUUCCAGGACGAGAACACGCCCUUUGUGCCCGACAUGAUUGCUUCCAACUUCCUACAUGCCUAUGUGGUGGUGCAGGCAGAGGAUGCUGGUCCCGACGGGCCCCUUUACAAGGUGUCUGUCACUGCCAGGGACGACGUGCCAUUCUUUGGGCCCCCACUUCCAGACCCUGCUAUCUUCAGGAAGGGGCCCGAAUUCCAGGAAUUCUUGCUGACAAAGCUGAUAAAUGCAGAGUAUGCCUGCUACAAGGCGGAAAAGUUUGCCAAACUAGAGGAGCGGACCAGGGCGGCCCUCCUCGAGACCCUCUAUGAGGAGCUCCACAUUCACAGCCAGUCCAUGAUGGGCCUGGGGGGAGAUGACGACAAGAUGGAGAACGGAGGAGGGGGCAGCGGCGGCUUCUUUGAGUCCUUCAAGCGUGUGAUCCGAAGCCGCAGCCAGUCCAUGGAUGCCAUGGGCCUCAGCAACAAAAAGGCAAACACAGUGUCAACUAGCCACAGUGGGAGCUUCGGCCCCAACAACCCAGAUUUGGUGAAAGCAGCUGGCAUAUCAUUGCUUAUCCCGGGGAAAAACUCCAGUAGAUUCGGACGUCGGGGCAGCGCCAUAGGCAUAGGAACCAUAGAAGAGUCUCUGAUUGUGCCUGGGAAGAGUCCCACCCGGAAGAAGUCGGGCCCCUUCAGUUCCCGUCGGAGUAGCGCCAUAGGCAUUGAAAACAUCCAGGAGGUACAGGAGAAGAGGCCUGACACCGAGUCACCCCGCUGUCCCCGUGUGCCCCGAAGAGAGAGCCCGCCUGCUGGCCAGAAGACCCCUGACAGUGGACACGUCUCCCAGGAGCCCAAGUCAGAGAAUUCCUCAAAUCAGAGUUCCCCAGAGAUGCCCACCACCAAAAACAGGGCAGAGAUGGCCAUCCAGAAGGCUGAGGCGCUGAAGGAUUUCUCCCGAUCAUCCUCUAGUGCCAGCAGCUUUGCCAGCGUGGUAGAAGAGACAGAGGGUGCCAACGAGGAUGAUAUGGGCAUGGAAAGCGUGUCCUCCUCCGGGAUGCCGCACAAGAGAGACUCCUUCAUCUACAGCACUUGGUUGGAGGACAGCGUCAGUACCGCCAGUGGGGGCAGCUCACCAGGCCCCUCUAGAUCGCCACAGCCAGAUGCCAGGAAAACCGGGGACCCUGCCUGUCCAGAGAUUAAGAUCCAGCUAGAGGCGCCGGAGCAGCAGGAGCAGCACACACCCCAUUUGGGCUGCUAGCCCUCCCAGCCACGGAUAGGACGUCCCAGACCCAGCGGCAGAAGCACAAACUGAGAUCGCUGCUGAGCAGAGACAGUGACUCUGCCCUUCUCACCAAGGCCAACCCGCUGGACUCUUUACUCUCCCUGUGCCCUCCCUUUGCCCAGGACCAUGACUCUGCAGGGCAGAGCGUCCUGGGCCUCAGGGCCGGGCCUGGGGGCUGUGGGCCCUCUGUGCCCCCAGAAUGGGCCUGGGGCCAAUGAGUUGCCUGCCCCUGCCCCAGGAAAGCUGCAGGCAUUGUGCCUGUCAGGGGGCACAGGGCUCACUCCUAGGGCUAGCAGUCCCACCCAGGGCCCCUGGCACAGCCUGGACAGGUGGCUGCUAGAGCUUCCAGCCUGAGCCCUUGCCCUACUUCCCUCCCAUCCCCUAGAACGUCCAUUCCCCGGGGAUGACCCAGAUCCCCGCCCUACUCAGAAGAAACCAGGCUGGCACCUUUCUGGGCUGGGAACCCUCUGGGAUAUCUCAAAGGCAGGGAUCACUGUACCCAGCUGCUCCCGCCAGGGUUCAAGACCGCUGUGGUGUUGGCAGGAUGCCAUCUCCACAGGAGCCUUGGCCCGGGUCUGGGCCUGGUCCUAGUCCUGCUCUCUCCUAGCUAUGUGAGCCACGUCAUUUCUCUUCGGGCCUCGGUUUCUUCCUUGAUAAAACAAAGGGGGGAGGGAUGGGACUAGAGGGUCCCUUAGGUCUUUUCUCAUUCCAGAAUUCUGUUCUUCUCUGAGCCUGCUUAGGCGAGAAGCUUUGAGCUUCUGGCUGGCCAUCCUUCCCGUCCCCUUCCUCCUUUCAAGUCAUGCCCAGAGCAGGUGCCCCCUUCCCCCCUCUAUCCAGGACCGCAGGCUGCCCAAUCUUGCCCAUUAUUGACACGCCAGGCUGUCAGUCAGGGGCCUCUACCUCGUGGGCCCUGUUCAGGCCACCAGGUUGAGGGGAACCGAGUUAGGUGUACACCCUGGGCCACCUCCCCCAGACCCUUCCUCUCCUGCCCCAGCAGGGCCCCCGCCUGGUCCUCGCCCUCGGCUGAGAGACUGGCACCGCCGCCAGCCCCUCCACCCCCAGAUUCCGGGCGGCCAGUUCCACUUUCCCACCUGUCCCUUCCCCCAUACCUCUAGUCUCUCCCAGUGCAUCCUGGGAGGCGGGCAGGCUGAUGCCCAUCCAUCCCCCCACCCCCAUCUCUAACCCCUGCCCCAUGACGGCUGGCAGGCCUGGGCCAAGGCUGUGAGCCCUUGGCACAGGGAGGGCUGGCACCCAGUGCAGUCCGUGGUGCCCACCGUUGGGAGAGUGGGGGGGGGUCCUCUCCUCAUCAGCCCACUUCCUCCGCCCCCAGAGGCUUCUGGGAGUUGCAGUGAUGGUGGAGCUCCUGUAUGUCCAUGUCGUGUGUGUUUGUCUGUGUUUUUUAAGGCCUCGGGCCCUGGGGCCUGCCGCCCAAGCCAAACACUUGUUCCUGAGACCGCGGUUGUGUGUGUGUCAGUGACAGGUGUACAAAUAAAGUUAUAUUUAUCACUAUUGUAA